AAAUCCAAAAUGAUUAUAUAGAAAACCUGAGCAAAAGCCUCUGCUCCAAGAAACUCUCAAUUCACAGAGACUAUAGUAAGCAUUCAAAUCGAGUUAAGCUUUCACAAGCUCUCCUCUUCUUUCGACACAAAACCAUGGUUCUCGAGGCGACUAUGAUAUGCGUUGACAAUUCAGAAUGGAUGCGAAAUGGGGAUUACUCUCCGUCUCGAUUACGGGCCCAAUCCGACGCCGUUAGUCUCAUUUGUGGAGCCAAAACACAAUCUAAUCCGGAGAAUACAGUUGGAGUGUUGACGAUGGCGGGAAAAGGGGUUCGUGUUUUAACUACUCCUACCACUGAUCUUGGGAAAAUAUUGGCUUGUAUGCACGAGGUUGAACUGGGGGGUGAGAUGAACAUAGCAGCUGGGAUUCAGGUUGCUCAAUUGGCUCUUAAGCAUCGCCAGAACAAAAACCAGCGCCAAAGGAUAAUUGUUUUCGCUGGAAGUCCUGUGAUAAAUGAUACGAAGGUAAUGGAGAUGAUAGGGAAGAAACUGAAAAAGAACAGUGUCUCUCUUGACAUUGUUAAUUUUGGUGAAGAAGAUGAUGGGAAGCCAGAGAAGUUGGAAGCGCUUCUUGCUGCUGUAAAUAACAAUGAAAGCAGUCAUAUAGUUAAUAUUCCUCCUGGUCCAAAUGCUCUUUCUGAUGUACUUAUCAGCACACCCAUCUUCAAUGUUGAUGGUGAAGGAGGAAGUGGUUUUGCAGCGGCUGCAGCAGCAGCUGCAGCUGGCGGUGUUUCUGACUUUGAAUUUGGUGUAGAUCCGAAUAUAGAUCCAGAGCUGGCUCUUGCCCUUAGAGUUUCCAUGGAAGAAGAGAGAGCAAGGCAAGAAGCUGCAGCUAAAAAGGCUGCUGAUGAAGCUGCGAAAGAAGGAAAAGAGGAGGAGCCACCAUCCAGUUCACAGGAUGCAACAAUGACUGAGAAUGUUACGGCAGCUGCUGAAGCAACGGAGAAAACUGCUGAACCAAUGGAUGAGGAUAAUGCUUUACUACAAGAGGCUUUGUCAAUGUCCAUGAAGACUACUGGACCUGAUUCCUCCGCAGCUGAUGCUGUUAUGUCAGAAGCUACUAAUGAGGAUAAGGAGUUGGCCUUGGCUCUUCAAAUGUCUAUGCAGGAGGAUGCAAAAGAUCCAUCAAACCAGACAGAUAUAAGCAAGGUGUUAGGGGAUCAGUCUUUUGUCUCAUCUAUCCUUACAUCACUUCCAGGAGUUGACCCAAAUGAUCCUUCAGUGAAGGAUUUGAUUGCAUCUCUGCAAGGUCAAUCUGAGUCGUCCCAAGAGAAGAAAGAUGAAGAUGAGCCACCAAAGGCUGACAAGUGAAGAUACAAUUAGUGGGAUCAUUGCGUGAUCGCCUUUUAACCAGGGAAGUGGUAUAUCUCUCAUGCAUGAGAGUUCAAAUCAAGAACAGAUGCAAAACAAGCUUGUGGAGUAUCUAUGGGAAGAACCCUACUGAAAUAUUGUGGGUUUUUUUUUUAUAUUUUAGGGCAAGUUCGUUGACCUCAAAAAGUUGGAGUAGAGUGAACUAUAUCUUGAUUAACGCUUUCAAAUAUUUUAGUGAUGGGAUUAUUGUUAAUGACCUUUAUUAAACCUUAUGGCUCAAUUUAUGUUUUGUUUCAUUGUGGUGAUUA